UAUGAUGUGCUUGUUAUUUGCGCAGCGACAGAUGAAGAUUGUAUUUAUAUGUGUUUACAGGUUAUGAACUGUUAUCAAAUUAUAAGCUAGAAAGUGGUAUAUUUAUUCGUUAUGGCUUUAAAAUUUAGAAAUACUAAUUUCUUGUUCCCUUUUCCAUUGGUUUGGUGAUUGCAAGGAUAUUUAAAGAUAUCAAAAGAUUUAAACAGUUGCCCAUUGAGACGAAAGGCAACUGCAUUUUUUUUUAUUAAAACUGUGUUUUAAGUUUUGAACUGGAAGGAUUUUAUAAAGUUCCCAGUGUGAAAACUACAGCCAUGGGGCGAAAGAAGAUACAGAUAUCAAGAAUAACUGAUGAGCGAAACAGACAGGUUACUUUCACCAAGCGAAAGUUUGGAUUAAUGAAAAAAGCCUAUGAACUCAGUGUUUUGUGCGACUGUGAGAUAGCACUUAUCAUAUUUAAUAGUACUAAUAAGUUGUUCCAGUAUGCAAGUACAGAUAUGGAUAAAGUGCUGCUCAAAUAUACUGAGUACAAUGAGCCUCAUGAAAGUAGAACUAACAGUGAUAUAGUUGAAGUUCUAAAUAAAAAAGAACAUAAAGGUUCUUCCAAUAGCUGUGAUAGUCCUGAACCUGACAUGGAGCAGUAUUCAAUUUCUACAAGAUCUGAUCCCAAAUAUCAAAAAAUAAAUGAAGAAUUUGAAAUCAUGAUGCAGAGAAACUCUCAGAUGAAUGGAAGUAGUAGGUGUCCUCAAGGAUCAUCCGUUUCUUCAGAGUUAUCACCACUGCCAGUCACAGUGAGUUAUACACCAGAACCCACAGUGCUUGAGCACGGUCCAUCUUCAGUCAGUCCCCAGCCAGCCUCCUGUAGCAAUUUAUUGGACGUGAGUCGAGGUAGCAAUGGCUACCAGAGGGGUAGCUCUCCGUGUUCUCUUCCGGGUAGCAUUUCUCCUGAUGGGAGUGUGGAUGGAAGGCACAGUAGGCAGCCUUCACCUUCCAGAUCAAAUUUUCAUGUCAUCAUACCUAAUGCCCCUCAUUCUCCUUCACCUGUAAACUGCCGUACUUCUCUUGGCACUACACCGAUUGUUUCUGUGUCUACACCCAACAAUGUGUCCAGUUAUCCGUCCAAUCUUUCUUUUAAUUCAAGUGACUUCCAUUUGAGUCCUGAAUUAGGGCUCAGUAGCAGCUUCUCAUCUUCGGGUUUCUCACAUACGUGGUCGGGCGCUGCAAAUUUGAACAGCUGUGAAAGAAUAGACAGGGAAGACAAUAGCUGCAUUACAUUUCCUUACUGCACAUUAAAAAUACUGCAUGUAGUAACUUUUCAACAAACAUCCGAUUUGCACCUGUCAUAUGGGCGAAGACAUCAAGUAGCCCAGGAAGAAAUAAUACGGUUUUCAAAAUUAUAACCUCAGCUUUUUUACCUCUUUUUCUUAAUAUUGCUUUUUGGUACAAAAAAUGAAAUUCACUUUCUUUUAGUUCAGUUCUUGUUUUUUAAAUGCUUAAGUUUUGGUGGUUUAAAAGAUUUAAGGAAGUAAAUACAGUGGUAUCUAAGUCUGCUUUGAAAUACAUGCCCCUUAGAAGAAAGAAUUUUUGUUUGGUAUGCCACACUUGUUUGGAAUAUAACUCGUGUUUGAUGAAUCAUGACUGUGCACACUAUACUUGUUCACCUGUUUCGAGACAAUGCUGUGACUGCCCGUGAGUGUGAAUAUGCCUGUUGCUGCUAUUCGGUGAACAACCUGUACUGUAGCUCUGAAUUUUCAAAUGAUUUUGUGGGUUUUUAUUUUUUAUUUUAUUUUGUAAUUUUUGUUUACAACAAGUUUUACGAAAGUUUAUGAGAAGGUGUAUAAAUGAAGAAAGUUGUUAGCAUCACUAGUGAGAUGAAAAAAAAUUAUUGAAAGUAUGAUGAUGGCAUGCAUAUCCAAUAUUUCGCUAUUGCCUUGUAUACUGAGUACAGUGGUAUCUAUGAUUGUCUUAAACAGCAGUUUUCAAAGGACGCGCUAGUACCAAAGGACUUUCAAAGGACCACAGGGUAUACCCAGAAUAUUGUGGGUAUACCCUGUGGUAUUCCAGAAAAAUAUAUAUCCAGGUAUAAAAAUACUUAUAGUUACUGUAUUAUGCCAUUUUAUAAUGGAUAUACUGCUGUUUUUGGCAACACAUCAUUAUUAUAUUAAUUAACAUUAAUUUUUGUUUCAUAGAGCAGCCGAUUAAGUUUAUACCUCUUUUCAAAAACUUCAGACUGCCUGUGAUGUUGGACCAAAAGAUACAAGAACAGCAAAAUUUCAAGAUGCAGACAUUUAUUCAAUGACAAUAAGAAACUAUGACAUAAAAUCACAUAUGCUGGACUAUUUUUGGAAGGAAAUCAUAAAUUUUCUCAGUGUCUCAUAAAUUUCAUUAUAAUACCUCAUUUACUGAAGUCAUAAAUAAUAUAUAUGCUAAUAUUAGUAUUGGCAGAAGAACAUCUCAAAUCAAACUAUUUUUCUCAUUGGCAGAAGGUGUUCUCAAACUCAGAUCAAGGAAAAUGAAUAAAUAAGCAUUUGGCUAAUAAAAUAGAAUGACAUCAUGAUUACUUGAAACACAAAAGACUGGAAGUGCAUUUUUCUGGUUUAAUUCCAGCACAGCCAUCUGGUCUACAAUCAAGCCUUUGCAAACACAUGUAGAGAACUUAGGUUGAAUGACUCUACAGGCUUUGCUCAAACAGUAAUUUAGUUCAGUACGCCAACACCAUACUCCUGUAAUAAUCCCUUUUUACUGUUUGUACCAUAGACUUGAGUUGACAAUCAGUAUAUAUAUGUGAUCUGCUGGCAGUGGAUGUGGAAUAUUACUUAUUUUAAAAGUAUUGGAAGUGGAUUUUAUGCACAUAUUACUUGUGUUCAGGUAAAUAUACUCAAAUGAAAUGGAUAGUCUUCUCUAAAAAAAGCAUGAUAUUGAAAAAUCAGACUCUGGAAAUGAGCAAAAUUGCAACCUGUUGUUGUUACAUAUGGCAAAAUUGCAAGCUACUUGCAAGUAGUAUAAUUGAAGUUAUUGAAGAAUCAAACAAGAAGAAUCAGCUUUUUAUUUUUAAAUUUUGCUGGACUAAUUUCGAUGGUUUAACUACAGUCCUGAAAACUUAAGAAAUAUAGUGCUGAUUCUUAUUGCUUGAUUCUCCAAUAACCAUUAUUUGGCAUGUUAUUUUAACCCAAAUAAUAGAGGUUAUUUAAACUUUGAUUUCACUUAGACUGGAAGUGAGGCUCGUCCUUUGCUGUUGUGUUCUUUAUGUUGAUGUAAAAUGGCAAAAAAAUCACUAUUUCCUAGUAAAUUCCAAACAUUUUAAAACUAUGCAUUGUAAUUUCCAAAAGAAAUCCAAGUUUCUUCAAGAGUUCUUUUGUUUUUGGUAAUGCUUCUUAGUGAGUCUAGAACUGAUAGAAAAAAUAUGAAAGCUCAUAUUUUAAGUGAAUCAUUUAUUUUCCCUGCAUACAAAACAAUGGUCAUAGAAAUGUUAGAAAAUGAAGCAGUAAUGAAAUUAAAGUAAGAUUCCUCUGUACAAUAGUACACAGGCAUAUAAUAGAAGUUCACAGGCAUAUAAUAGAAAUGUCUUCUGAUAUUGAGGAAAAUGUUUUCAGUAAUAAACACCAGUAUUCAAAUUUUCUCUUGCAGCUUGCUGAGUCAACACACACUACCGAUAAAGCACAACUCUUAGCAUGUGUUUGUUUUAUCAAUAAAAAUCAAAUUGUAAACCUUCUCCUUUUUUUUUUUUUUUUUUUUUUAAAGAAUUAAGUGUAUGUACAAAACGUGAGGACAUUUUAAAUAUUUUGAAUGCCUAUCUUGAUAAGUGGGAGGUAACAUGGAAGUCAUGUGUAGGCAUUAGUACGGAUAAAACUUUUCUAUGGUAGGCUGUGCUAAGGGCCGUAUUAUCUUUUGUAAAAAAUCUGUUGUGGAUACCACGACUUCCUUGAACGACCUAUUAAAUUAUACACAUUUUUUGCUGCACUUUAUUUAACCCUUUAAGUGCCGAGCUAAAGUCCUUGUGCAAAGAAUAAUGGGCUAGUUUGAUGAAUUUUCUAAGGUAUAGAAAAAAGCUUCUAAGAACCAAACAAUGAUAUUUAUUAAAUUCAAAAAGCAACAUACUACGGAAUAAUGAAAGAAUAAAGUAAUGCCAAUUGUAUUUCAAUAUUUAUUGAAAAUCAUGUGAAUAAAUAAUGUCAAUAUAAACCGUAUUAAUUCUUUUGCAAUGAAUUUAUUUUCAAUUCUUUUGCCAGGAAUUUAGACCAUUUAUAACAUGUUAUAAAUUUAUUUUAAGAUAAAAUUCUCAUGCAGUGCAAACAGUAAGGCAUUAUCAGACACUCCGUUAGCACUUUUCACAAGUUUUGUGAGCAUCAAAUAUAUCGUAAUUGGGCACUCAAAAGGUUAAGCUCAUUUUCUUGAAUUUUUCUAACUUAAUUAACUUUUUCUUCAAAGUA